AUGGGGGACUACUACGGCUACGGCUCCGGCUCCGGCGAUCGGAGGCAGCCGGAGCACGGCGCCAGCCACACUCAGAUCGUCCCCUACCUGCCGCCGCGGCCGCCAUCGCCGGACCCACCGCCGCCGGCGAAGGCCUCCGGCGGGGCUGCGGUGUGGGGCUGCUUCUCCGGGGACCCGGAGAUGAAGCGGCGGCGGAGGGUGGCGAGCUACAAGGCCUACGCCGUCGAGGGCAAGGUCAAGUCCUCCAUCCGCAGGGGAUUCCGCUGGAUCAAGCACAGGUGUUCGGAGAUCAUCCGUGGCUGGUGA